AUGGCAAAGCAAACAACAAAAGAGAGAUUACUAGUUAAAUCAAGCAUGAGAUUAGUAGCAAAGCCAAGGAAUACGUCAAUAACGACCAACAUCUUAGGAUUCUUUUCAAUGCUGAUCAUGGGUCUUUUGAUUAACAUGACGUUUGCUAUAUUUCUUGUGCUUAAUCCUAAAAGAAUUUGCAACGGAAUACUUAGUAUGCUACUAACACUCAUACUUUUUGUUACUCUAAGACCGCUGCAGUUUCUAAAAAACUCAAUGCCAUCAGGAUCAACUGUAGCUACGUAUCUUAUGUUUAAAGUGUCGACAAAUAUGGCUUCUGUACUAAGAAUAAUACUAGACAAUGUAAUACCUGUACUACUUCUAUUUACGAGCACCUUUAUGUGCCAUGAUUAUUUGAGUGCAUGCACAUCUUUAAUUAUUCAAGGAAUGAUCCCACAGUCGGUAAUUGACUUUAUAGCAGAAUAUCUUGACAUAUAUGUACUGGAGAAAAUAUUUGUAUCUAUUGGCAUCGGCUUAGUAUGUACGAGACAGAGAUUGAGAGAUCAUCAAGAUAUAGUAGUCGUUGUUUCGGGAAUAUUGUUCAUACUCACAUUUGUUAUAGUACAAAUGUUUCACUCAAAGAGCUACACCAGGAUAAUAGAGAACAUGCCCAUGGCUGAAUCAAUGUCGACAUCUCUUUUUUCAGUAUAUGCAAUAUUAGGUACAUGCAGUGUGCUGUACUAUGCCUCCAUCAAACUUGUGGAUUACGACCCUGCUGGACAGUUUUUUAAAUACUUAAGAGACAAGAUAUCCUCAUUAGCACCAGUAGUUGAUCAUAUCUAUCCACGGCCGGUUGCUGCUGGUGUGCAGCAGCCAGUAGCAAAUCCACCGGUAGCGAAUCAACCAGUAGUAAAUCCACCAGCACCCCUUGUACUUCCUUCUGCUAGAAUAAGACUGAUAAUAAGAUGUCUUAGGUACCUGAUCUUACUGGUAAAUUAUGGCAUUCCACUAUUUUUAACUGGGAUAGUAUCGUAUUUCAUAUUACUUCCUAAUAUCAUUGAUAUGUUCUUUGUAUUUUCCAUACUUCUGACAAAGAGCAAGUACCCUCACCUUCCAGCCAUAGAAAUCCCAACAGCCGUGGGCACGUUCAACAUUCAGCUAAUUUUUAAGCCGAUAUUACUGAUUAUGAUACAGUCAGUUUCUAUAAAAUUGUACAAUGUCCUCUACAACAAAAAAAUUGAAGAGUAUAACAUAGAAACAAAUAAAAAAAAGAAGUUAAUAGAAGACAAAAGAAAAAAUGCAAAAAAGGACCUCAAUGCUCCAAUAACAAGUCAAGAAAUACAAGAGGUAUCAACGAUAGUAGAUGAAAUUUGGGGAACUUUUGUGCUAGGGUUUAUACACCCAAACUAUGUUAUACCAGUACUGUUAUUAAUCCUAUCAGUCCUUAACUUCAAUAGUGUAUUUCUCAGCAUUAACAUAAUGGUUUUUUCUUUUGGGCUGUGCUGUAUUGUGGCACCUUUGUUAUACCUGGUUGGUAUAUUGCUUCGAUAUUCCCUUAAAGAGAAAAGUUUAAUUAAACAAGCCAUCAUAAUAGCUAUCACUGUAGGCGUGACAGUGGGAAUAUUGUACCAUACAUACUUAUUUUAUCUAUACUACGAACAAUUCUCGAGUGGGCAAACAAUGUAG